UGUGUGCAAGAGCAGAGCGGACUACGGCAGCAUCUCUUCUUCUUACCGGAGGAAAUACACACCGACUCAUUCUCACAGCUACGGAGCAGUUACACCUUAUCAGCGUGCUACCGAAUUACCGGGACAUCUUCUACCCAAGGAGACUAGACCAAAUAAAGGACAAACACGUGAAAACGUUAUUCCCGGAUCGGUUAAGUUCGAGGAGCCUAUAGACCGAUAUCACAGCAACACGAAAGACUGACUUGGCUACUCCACCAGGAUAACAUACCGGAGCUUUCGGGAGCACGAGGAAAGAGAGGGAUAAAGGAGUAGACGACAGGAUGAAGCAUCACUUGGUUCUGACACUGUGCGCCGUCUACGGGAUCCUGCUAAAAGUGACGGCGCAGAAAAGCAAAUUGAGAGGGUCAUCGGGGCAGCACCCCCUGGUCCAGAAUCAGACGGUAACAGAGGGGGGGACGGCCAACAUGACCUGCAGGGUGGAGUACAAUGACCAAACGUCCCUCCAGUGGUCUAACCCUGCACAGCAGACACUGUUCUUUGGAGACAAGAAAGCUUUGAGAGAUAACCGUAUCGAGCUGGUGCGAGCGUCGUGGUCGGAGCUGACCAUCAGUAUCAGUGAGGUGACACUGGCUGACGAGGGGAUGUACACCUGUUCUCUAUUCACUAUGCCUGUCAAGACCGCCAAGGCCUACCUUACUGUACUGGGGGUGCCAGAGAAGCCAGAGAUAGACGGUCUGACCAAGCCUGCCCUGGAGGGAGAUGAGAUCACUCUGACCUGUAUGACCCACGGCUCCAAGCCUGCUGCUGACCUUCGCUGGUUCAGGAACGAGAAGGAGAUCAAAGGUGCCAAGGAGGUGAACGCCAGCGGGAAGACCUUUACAGUGACCAGUUCUCUGCAGCUGCUAGUAGACAGGAGGGAUGACGGCGUGGCGUACACCUGUAAAGUAGACCACGUAGCCCUGGCACAGACGCCACAGCAGGCUACGGAAGUACUGGAGGUACACUAUGCUCCUCGUGUGGUGAUCACCAAUUCGUUGACGUUCCCUCAGGAGGGGCAGUACCUGAAGCUGGAGUGUGUAUCCAAAGGAAACCCCUCGCCAGACCCCGUGAUGUGGACUAAGGAUGGAGGAGAGCUACCAGAUCUGGAGCGUAUGAUCGUAGAGGGAAGAGAGCUCACCUUCACCACCCUGAACAAGACAGACAACGGAACCUACCGCUGUGAGGCCUCCAACCACCUAGGCACCAGCAGCGCUGAAUACAUACUCUACGUCUAUGACCCCAACGCCAUGGGCCAGCAUGGACCAGACCACGCUCUGAUUGGAGGAGUGGUGGCAGUGGUCGUCUUCGUCACCCUGUGUCUAAUCAUCGUUCUGGGCCGCUACCUGGCCAGGCAUAAAGGAACGUACCUGACCAACGAGGCCAAAGGAGCGGACGACGCGCCUGAUGCUGAUACGGCUAUCAUCAACGCAGAGGGCAACACACAUGCUGAGGAGAAGAAGGAGUACUUUAUCUAGACUGUAGAGGGCGCUCUGAUCUGCUGCCCCCUCUUGCUCUCUGUCUUUAUCUCUCUAGUCCCCUAUCUCUCUCCCUCUCUCAUUCACUUUAUCUCUCUCCGUACCGUUCUAUACUUUAUUUAGACUGCAGAGGGCGCUAUGCUGCUCCCUCUCUCUCUCUCUCUCUCUCUCUCUCUCUCUCACCCUCUUUCCCUCUCUCUCUUUCUCUUUCACCCUUUUUCUCUCUCGCCCUCUUUCUCUCUCUCUUUCCAUUUCUCCUUCUCUCUCUCUCUCCACUGCCCCUGCUGCGUCACUAAGGAAACCCCUUGGGCAGUCCACAGAGAGGAAAUACUCCUCCUCCUUUUUCCCCUCAUCCCUCCUUUCUGUUCUCUUUUUUUAUCAUUUCAUUCCGCCCUUCACUUCUUCUACACUUUUCAUUUUAUUUUUUUAACCGUCCUUGUUUCUGAUGCCGGCCUUCGUUUAUUUUUAAAGGCAACGCCAUCUACUGGCUGUCUGGAGCCAUUUGUCGAUUUUACAUGUUGUGUGAAAUAAACCCCUGAGAAAUCUG